AAUGCAAUGAAUUUUGUCAACAAAAUAAAGGAUUUAAAGUUGAGUCACGUGUUGGUGUGGACUCUCAUUGUGACCAUAAUUGUGGUGAUCUUUGCAUCCCUUUGUCUCCACAUGUCUUCAACACGUCUCCUGUCCGUAGACUUCAAGAUCUUCGGCAGAGUUCAGGGUGUUUUCUUUCGUAAGUUCACUAAACAAGCGGCGGAUCAGUUGGGAGUGUUUGGGUAUUGUAUGAAUCAUAGGGACGGCACUGUCAUCGGCACCAUUCAGGGUGACGACCAAUCCAUCCCUCAAAUGCAAGAAUGGUUGCAAAAGACUGGCAGUCCUUACAGUCGUAUCGAAAGGUGUGAAUUCAGUAAUGAGAAGAUUAUCACAAAUUUAGAGUUCAAUAAGUUUGUUGUGAAGCACUGA